UUUGACUGCUGGACGUGUCCACAGUUCUCAGAAGAGAGAGAGAGCCGUUCUCCAAGGAUACCUAUUAUCUGCUUCUUGCAACACUGGCAAGUACAUUCGCUGCCCCUUCAAGGGGGAGUAGCCCAUUUUCCGUUUCUUGUUCAAUUUCCUUAAUGACUAAAUGGCCAAACGUGUGGAGACAGGCCAGCGAGCCUCAGUUUUCACCCUCUGACAAGAGACCGCCGGUUUCCCAGCCUCCACGGCCUAGGACAUCCUUCAGUGUCCCCCAACCGAAUAUUGACACCCUACCCCAAUGGGGGAAGCACUUGCAGGCUUCCCAGCCUCCACGGCCUGGGAGUCCCUUCAGUGUCCCCCAACCAGAUUCUAACACCCUAUCCCAAUGCAGGAAGCACACGACCAGCAGAGACCUGAGGGACUUUGUUCCUCCAGGGCUCCUUAGACCAACUCGGCCCGAGUUCAGGUGCCAAAAGCCCUAUGAUGACCACAGAUUAAAAAAACCUGGUGCUCAUGUUACAGAAGAGCUACAGAAACUCAAAGCUUGUAUAAAGGCUUCAGCCAAUAAGAGGACCCUGGGCCCUCUGAGGGAUCUGAAAGAGAAAAAGAAAUGGACAGUUCCACUUCCUCUGAGGGUUCCUGAGGGCAUGAGUAAGCCACUAACCAGGGAUACCAGACCAUCUGUUUUACAGCCUGCAACCAGAAAAAGAGUGGCCUCAACUUCUGUGCCCAUACCUGGGAAGGUGAAAAGAAGCCGGCCUAGGUCUACUGGGUUUGAAGAACCUAUGGAGGUUGACCAGUUAGGCACCAGAGUGCCUGCAACAUCUACAAAGCACAGUACUAGAGAUGCCAGUGAAAAAUUCAAAGAAGAUCACACAGCGCCUGGGCCAUCUUCUGCUGACUCUUCUGUUGGCCAAUGUGGACAGCAUGUUGGACAAGAUCCCUCUGGUCAAGGGGACCUACAGCAGGGCCCAUCAGACAAAGAGGGCCCCAAACCUUCUUCCCCCAAAGGAUCUGGUGUGGAGUUAUGGAACAGGCCUUCGUCUAAAGAGUCUUCCACAGAAGGCCUCUCAGUUCUCCCAGCCACAGUCUCCACCAAGCCAAGCUGUCCUCCAAGCAAGCCAAGGACUCUCCUCUCCGAGGGACCCAGCCGGAGCUCUCCUCCCACCUUUCCCCUUCCGCCCCAGGCUAGAUCCAGCCCUGGGGGUGGGGGUGGGGUGGGGGGCACUAUUCCCUGGCAUCCAGCGGAGUCUGUGAUGCCCAACAGUCUGAGAACCUGACAUCUCCGGCUUCUGUGCAGGUCUGCAGAUCCCCGAGCCUGAUCCUGGCAAUUCCUUGGGGACCUCAGAAUGCUCUGCACUCCCCAACCCCGGAGCAGGGUCCUGAGGCUUCUCACAGCCUGACAUUGGUGUGGGGAAAAACCGCAGUCAAGACUUCCAGCAUCCAGCCUCCCUGAUCGGCCCAAGGCCCUAGUAGAUGUGGGCCACCUUUAACCCACAAGGUUACAGAUGGUUAUGUAGGUGUUGGAAAUCCAACUCGAGUCUUCUUAGGAGAGCAGCCAGUGCUCGUAACUGCUGAGCCAUCUGGGAUGCUGAGAUUCUGAGACCCUCCGUCCCUGCUCCUUGCUUGAUUCUAUAUCAACUACAUCAAAGCUGUUUCCUCUAAAGACUUGCUUCCAGGACAUUUCCAGAACAACUAACUCACCCAUUCAGCCUUUCAGAUUAUAAUCAGGACAUCAGCUAAGCCAUGAACUUUCUCAAUACAUAGAGACCAAAAGACAAAUGAUGCCUCUUUUGACAAAACCAAUUUUCCUGUUUCCCUUCCGGACUCCAGAAGGGAAUUCCUCAUUCCAAUUCAGCUAGAAGCAAGCAAAGUCGUCAUGCCAAUCUCUGAGGUUGGGAUAGAUGGUUCUGGUUAUUUUCUAUAAAUUACAGAUAUGUUAUCAUUUUAAGAGAUAAUUUACAAAUGUUGUCACUUUGGACAGGGAGGAAACUAGAGAGCUUAGACUCAGGGAUUUCUACCUUUCCUUUCUUAUUCUCUAUCCUUCCUUCCUUUAGAUAAAGGAAAGGGGGGUGGAAGAGAAAAGGAAAGAUAUAAUAAUAUCAUACACAUUAGAAAAAUAGACAAAUAGAGAUAGGUUAUCAAAUUUACUCCUAAACAAAACAUUAUAUAGUCAUAUCUAAUGCUAAUAGAAAUAUUUAUAAUUAAUAUAAAUUGAAAUUAUAAUUUCAUAUUGGUACAAAAUUUAUAGGCUAAUACUGAUUUAAGGUAUUCAUUGGUAUAAAUUUCUUUAUUGACAUAAAAUUUGAAAUUAAUAUUAUUAUUCUUUGAUAGGUAUUGUGCCUAUACAACUCAUCUAAAAUUACAAAGCUUAGACCCAGUCCUUCUAGUAACUGUCAUUACAAACUGUUUAAGAUGAUUAAGUAACACAAGUUAAGGGCCAGAUAAUAAACUCAUGGUUAAAUGAAGAGAAUACUCUGUUGAUCACUUAUGUGAAAAAAGAAAAAAAAAUGUGAAUAAACUCAUGGUUAUAUUGGAUUCUGAUUUAACUAUAAUAAAGUGUUUUCAAUGUACUCA